AUGCCGGAGAUGUCAUAUAGUCCUGCCUAUCACCAGGCGAAGGACAGUACGGCUGCCUCCGCCCCUCGCAACUCCCGCCCUAUGGAAUACCCCGAGCCCGCUCAUCAACGCCCACGCCCUUCCUCCGAGUGGAGGACCAGCGAGAGUCCAAGGACUUCUGGCCCCGGGGGCUAUCGGACAUACUCUCCACAAGCAACCUUCCCGGAAGGGAAUCCAACAGUGACCCAAGUGGUGCUGGCGAAUGGCUCCUCAUAUAAAGAACAGCCUUCGCGGAGUAGCUGGGCGGACCAGCCCUCAUUGAUGUCGCUGGAGAACUCCGGAACCCCUCGUGUGCGUAAGCGAGGUGUCUCCAGGGAUCGAGAGACCGACCAUUGCCCGAAUGCACUUUUAUUGCUGUUCCGCCUGUCGGUCCCCGUGCCCGUUUUCUCAUUAAUUGCCACGAUCUAUACCUUUCUCGCCUUAUUAUUCGCCAUCCUAACAACACCCCUCCGCCUAUGCUCAAUAAAUACCUAUCUCUCCAGCAUCUCUUUCUCCGCGCAAAUAUGCGAUCUCCUUGCACCAGCUCUCCACACCCACGAACGCUUGGUGUUGAUGGGGCCACCCUCAAGCCGAUCUUCGUCAACACAAUGGAUUCGAUCUGAUCUAGAUGCGGAGACUACGGCCGGUUCGAGCCAAUACUACCGUGUUGGCAUGUCGAUCAUAGUCCUGAUUCUGGCCCCGUUAUUAAGCAUCGCCAUCCUACUUUUCGCUUGGACGGCUGCUUUCUUCUGGGUAUUCUCGAAAGUCAUGGGAAACCCAGAUGGAACCGAGCGCAGUGAUGAUGGACGAGCCGCAGUUCUGGGUGUAUGCAAAUGGUGGCAAGCCUGGCUCGCCAAAGCCCGAAGACCAUCAUAA